AUGGUUUCUGCCGGCCUGCAAGAGUCGUUCCUCAGUGCUAUCCAAGCCAGUCUUUCUGUCCUUUUAGUCGUCUUCUACGGUGGCCUGGCAGCAUUUCUCGGCUUCAUUGACCGCAUAAAUACCAAGCCAAUCUCAAAGAUAUGUGUUCGCAUGUUUCUUCCAGCAUUGCUCAUCACCAAAGUCGGCUCCCAGCUCCAUGCUGCAUCGGCCCACAGAUAUGUCAUCAUCUUCGUCUGGGCCAUCAUCUGCCAUCUCAUUUCGUUCUUUGUUGGAACUGCUGCCAAUUUUGCCCUCGGCAUGCCAGAUUGGGCUACAGUUGCCAUUUUGGUCAAUAAUACGACUAGCUAUCCACUACUCUUGAUCACUGCUUUGGAAGACACCGGAGUUCUUGAGUCUCUGGUCGUAACAGAUGAAACUACCAAAGAAGCUAUCGAGCGGGCAAAGUCAUAUUUCCUCAUCUUCUCGACCGUAUCCAACUGUAUCACCUUUGCGGUUGGUCCCCGAUUAAUCGACUCCGAGAACCCACCGGAGGAGGAUGAAGGAGACAAACCACCGCACAUUCCUAAUGGAAUCCGUCAUUCGGCCACCGCCACCGACCUCGAAUCAAACGAAACGCAUUCAGCCAGUGCCCAAGGCCGAUCCCCGACGUCCAUGGAUGAUUCCACGAAAGAGAUGGAACAGCCUUAG